CUACUUCAAAAGGGCUACAUACGCAGCGCUGUGGGCUAUGGUGGCUGGCUGGCGACCGUUUUUCUCCUAGUGUGGACAGGAAUUCUUCUUUUUCUGAGUGUGUUGUGGCGGCUGUCUUCGCAGAAGUUUGCGUGGUUUCUUUCGAGCCUGUGGUGGCUCGAUCCCUGCCGGAUCCACGAUGUGAACACGGGUGAGUGUCAAACGGAUCCCGAGGUGAAAUUGAACUUCCAGUUCAUUUUCAUUAUCCUUUGGGUUGCUUUCUUUGCGCUCGUCUCGGUCUAUGUUCGCUAUCGUCUCGAAUUCUUCAAUUACUGCAUGCAGGAGGUACCUCUGCAAGAGGCAACCUACGUCGCCAUUGAAGAACAGAUUUGGGAAUUGCCUAUGGCAGGGGACAGCAGAAAAUCCUCAGCCGACGAAACAGCGAGAAGGAGCACGGCUCCUGAUUCCGAAGGAGAAGGUGGCGCGGCAGGAGAUGAAGAGCAAGAACAGGACAAUAAGCGGAGUGCACCAAAUAGUUCUACUUCAACCAUCAAUACACACGACAUACAGGCGGAGUUUUCACCUCACGAUGUGAAACCCAAGAAGCAAAUGGUGAGUCGUCGUGUGCUAGAGCAGUGCAACGUGAAGCAUCUUGGCACUGACGAGAAGUAUAUCUACUUCCAACUGACGAGACUGCUGCUUGCCGAUGCAACGCCACUUCUGGAAGAGCAAUACAGAGGGCGAAACCCUCACAAGGUAGUUGCGUUCCAGAUGCCUCACAAUGACGUCUUGGAGUCCAGUCUUACCGACGUCGUUGCGAGCGGACAAUAUCGAGAAAAAGUGGGAAGUGGAAGUUCUACUUCUACAUCCAGGGGCGGCCUGAGUAGUGACGUCGUGAAGAUGGAUCGUGCACUUCGUGGAGCGAACGUUAUUGACAUCAAGGUCCCGGCUUUCGGUUGGUGGUUUGUAAAAGAGGCUGUACUUGUGGUGAACAUUUGGCAGAUCAUGCGGAACAUCGCGGUGGCUUUCGAUCAAACCGUAGCGAUGGUGUCGAUCCCAGUCUCUUUGAUGGUUGUGCAGCUCCUCCUCAUGGCUCGCAGUAAGCGCAACGCGAUGGUGCAGAUCGAAGAAGCGGCUGCGAUCGAGCCCCUUCGUUUGCGUGUGUAUCGUCGCGGUACACCUGAAGGCGAAAUUUCAAUGGACCGCUUGCGUGACGAGACGAAGCUCGACCUCGACAAGCAAAGAGGCAAGAUGAAAUGGAAUACCAACGUGCUCGCUGCCCCACUCCGUGACUCAAUCGUGCCCGAGAAUUCAGAUACUCGUAACAAAAUCACUUUGACAUAUUAGAACUUGCUUAUCUGCUCGAAGAUCAAGAUUUUUCUUCUGCAGGCUGCUGGAUUUUCUUGCUCUUGCCUCAUAGAUUUAGAUACUUAUAAUCUUAAUCAAUUGAUUGCUAUUCCUUAUCCUGUCCGUCGUCCUAUUGUUCGUAAUGAAAAUGAUUAUCAGAGUAGUUUUUAUGCUCUCUCACGUGCUCGUACUGCUCAUGAUACACCUACAUCUUCUAUAGUACACCAGUUAAAAAAAAAUUAUUGUACUACAUAUGAAAAAGGUGCUAGCGCGUCGACGAGAGGACCGACCGCGGCGCCUGCGGCUGCAGAUGGUCGAAGCACUCGACGGCAGCUGCGGGACCAGAAUCUCCGUGAAGCGGGUGUUGGAAACUGGCAUUGGGUGAACAGCACUCAAAUCGUACCCGGUGACAUUUUUGAGGUUCCAGACGGCGUCGGCAUGCCAUGUGACGCCAUUCUGCUAGAGGGAUACGCGUUGAUGAACGAGGCAGAUCUCACAGGAGAGCCUAUGCCAGUGUCGAAGUUUCCGAUUGAGCCGUCGGAAAACAAGUUGAAUCUCGCUAAGCACGGCAAGAAACACUACCUCUACUGCGGAACUUCUGUGCUACAGAGCGUUGGAGGAGGCGAGGAAGAGGAAGGAGAAGGGGGACGAGGCACACCGAGAAGAACAACCAUACGGGCAUACGCCGACGACCCGAGUCCAGAUUCUAAUCCUCUCAAAGCUGUUGGCCUUGCAGUUCAAACUGGAACCGGUACGGACAAUAUAGUAAGUACUUUGUGGGAAAGGCACGCUCAUUGGACAUUGAUUUUCAUUUACAAGAACUUUGACAGCCCUGCCCCCUAUGGCUAUGUAUAAUCACGUACAGGAUAGAACUUCUGCUGCCACUCCACCCCUGCAGCAGGAGCAGUACCUUUUUCAACACCGAAGCUGAGGUCUCGAGCCAUGUUUCACGUCGUGCGAUUACCAAUACUUCAUCUGCGUUUCUUAUCCUACUCCACCUCGUCCAUCACACUUACUAUACACCAGGUACCACAAAAGGUGAAAUGAUUCGGAGGAUUCUAUUUCCGUCUCCGGUGAGGUAUAAAUUCUCGGAGCAAUUCAAUACCUUCCUGUUCACCGUCGCUGCUCUGUACAUUCUCAUCUACGCUAUCCCGCAGAUCAUUCAGGCAAUGCGCGACAAAAACGGACAAAACAUCUUUUUCACGGCCAUGGUAAUGAACUACUCAAAACGUCUACUUAAAGUUAAAAAUAUAUGGUGCUUCUAGUUCUACAUAAAUGCAAAAUUCGAUUGUUUCGAUGAUCGCUAGCUUUUGCUUUCAUUCCAUGCUUGAUGAGUUUGGUUUGGGAUUACGUACAAAUUUUGUGAUUUCAUUAACUUCUAUGUAAUAUAAUCGUUACAUCAUCAAUUCCGCUCAGGUCCGUAUGUUCUACGAGGGUGUCAGCACGGCUUACCUCAUUGUCGCGCCGACCUUGUUGCUGUGUCUGAUGAUUGCCCAGAAUUCAGCGGCUGAGCGAAUGUUUAUGAGUCCCGCUCGUAUAAAGACGCUGGAACCAGCGCGAUUGUUAAUGGCGGGCGAGGUGAAGGUUCAGUGCCUCGACAAAACCGGAACCAUUACGGAAGAUGGUCUAGAUCUGUCUGGCACAAUGCCAGUUCAACAAGGAGCAAAUGGCUCUUUGCAGCUCGGGGAACUCGCACGGAUAGACGCGGGUCCGGAGGGUAAGAUUUCCGCGCCAACGCGUGAGAACCUUUUCUCGGUAGCAAUGUCAACCUGCCACACCGUGAACAAGGGCCCUGCUGGAGAAUUACAUGGAAACUUGGUUGAGGCGGAGAUGGUUCGGAAGACGCUUGGAGCCGGUAUGAAUUUCAACCGGAACAAUUCAGACAAUAGUGUCGACUAUUUCUUCUCGCGACACGCGGCCUCGGGUACUGGUGGUGACCAAGGAGCAUUGUCCGGCGAAGAGCAGCGUGCUACAAAUGCGGCGGAUGUUCCGGUUUACGACGCCAGCGACGUGUUGUUUCGGACGAUUCGGCAGUUUGAGUUCGACCAGCAGGUACAACUCCAGAGUGUAGUAGUGGACUUGCUGAACGGACGGACAGCGUUGAUCACCAAGGGGAGCUACGACUCAGUGUCGAAGAUUGUUCAGCCGGAAACGCUCCCGGAAAAUAGUGCGCCGACCUUGAAAGCGCUGGCCAUGGAGGGCUAUUACGUUUUGGCCUUUGGAUACCGCGACCUCAGCUCCCGCGCAGAGGCGAUGCAGGCACCACGGGAAUCACUCGAGCAGCAAGAAAACUUUUUGGGUUUUGUGCUGUUCCGGAAUGAGAUGAAAGUGGACAGCGUAGCGGCAAUUAUGGAGCUCAAGCACGGCGGCGUCGAACCUGUGAUGGUAACUGGGGACAACAUUUGGACAGGGAUUCACGUCGCCGAAUCAGCAGGGCUAAUGCCACGGAGCGCUUUGUUGCUCGCUGCUGAUGUCGAAACCGUUUUCACGGCGAAGAAGUCGCUGGCGGCUGCAGGUGCGAGUAAUACGACCGGAGGUCCGCCAGGCGCGAUACAGGGGUCGACAUCGUACCCUCGAGAGAUCGUGUGGCAGUACAUCCGUGAGGAGGACGCGAAGUAUGUCCCCGCCUGGGUGGAUCUGUUGACCAGUUCCGGUGCGCCCGGUUCCGAAGGUUGCACUGACUACGGCGCCAGUCUUCGAUUUUUUGGCACUUCCGCGACCAGCACUGGCGCUUCUUCAGCAUCGCCUUCGGGCUCACCUGGUGGAAGGAGGAGGACCAACUCCGCAGACAAUAACCGAGCGGUUGCGGCCUCCUUUAGAAGUCUUGGAGGCGAGACGGCGGCGUCAGCAGCGUCGAACAGACUCGAUGAGCAGACAAAGCGCCUCGUCGAGGUUCCUUUACGGCUCGGACCUACGCAGAACUUCGAGCCUCGGUUUCGCCCGGCCUCGCGACCGCUGUUGCAGUUCAGAGACGCGCGCCGAGACAAUGCGUGCGAAGCAGACCAGGAGUGGAUCGAAACCUCGAUGCAAGGCAAGCGCGUGCUGCAGCUCCUGCCACCUGGCACGCUCCGAGGCGGACCAGCGGCGCG